AGGGUCAGGCAGCAGUACAAUCAGCUGUUUGUUUCAUGUGGAAGCAUCAAGAUCGUCAUUUCCUUUACGAAACACGCUUCUUUUCGCCUCCGUCGGAGGAAGAAGCAUGGCGUUUGCACUGGCGUUCGCGUUGGCUCAGUUGGUCAGCGGUGGUCGGCUGAAGCGAUGGGUGCCUGGCACUGGCUGGUGUUGGCGUUGGCAUUGGUCACAUGUCACUGUGCCCUAGUACGUGAGCCGCCCACACUCACCAUCCCUGACCAAGGUGUGGUUGCGGGUCGUGAAGUGGCCGUUGGUCGUGGUCGCCGAGCUCUCCUCUACCUGGGCCUGCCGUUCGCUCAGCCACCGCUUCAGCAUUUGCGGUUCGCUCCUCCCGUCACUGAUCCCUUGCCUGCUUGGCAGGGUGUUCGCAAUGCGUCUCUUUAUGCUCCUGCCUGUAUGCAGCAGCGGCAACAACUACAGCUCCAUGACCGACUGCGGCUGGUCGAGCGACUAUUUGCCGGUGAUCAUCUGUUCCGCAUCGAUGAGGAUUGUCUCUACCUCAACGUAUUCGUUCCCGACGGUCAGCCAUCAUUUCAAUAG